AUGAACAUAGAAUUAAAGAUUGAUCAUUCAACAGAAGGCGAAUUGGAGACUGAAUGGCUACAGUCAGCUGGGCUCGCGUCCUUGGCGGCUCCUUUCCAAGCUGGACUGGAAGUUUCCGAGGCUCAACUAGGAGAAGCUGUAAGACCUCUGCCGAGGGAACAGGCAGCGGCGGUCAGGCGAAGAGUGAGGAGGCUCAAUAGAACUGUUAGAAGAAGACGAGCUGCCUCACGAGCGAAGAAACCAGAUAUACGGGAUGUCUUCAGAGACUUAGAGCCUCCGGUGAAUUACAAAAGAGAAGCAGUUCGGUUCAGUUUGUUGUGUGCUAGUGCUGGUGAGGUGACGGCUCCAGGCUUCAAGAACAGAAUCAUGAUCUGUGAUGCUGUAAGGAAUAAGCUUUACGAGAAAAUGGUCAACUGUAAACGAUUGGCCCUGUUGAAAUCCUAUCUCGACGUAUUGAACUCCAGUGGUAGCGAGCCUCGUUCCCGUAGUGCUACUCCCGAUUCCCUGGACUCUUUGCCCAGCGGUGGGUCCGGAUCACCCCCCACUGAGUGGGCAGACAACGCUACGCCUCCAGAUUUCGUCGACAGUUACCCAGUGGGAACCCACGCUCCUCUAGCCCGCACGCCGUCAGCCCCGGCCCGUAGAGUGCGUGUUUCUCCUCCUGGACCAAAUGCUCACUCUCCUCCCAGACCAUGCCACGAGCUGUUCAAACCAAAUGACCUACACUGGGCCGACAUAGCUUCUAAUACCGAAGGUAUCGAGCUUCUGGGAUACCAGAGAUACGGAACCGUCCAAGGUCCCAGGAUAGGCAAGGAACGUAUCAAUGGCACCAUACUGAAGAGCAAUGAUCCUUUCAUUAAACACACGGCCGUGUCUCGUACUAAGAGUGCCGCGAGCGCUCAGCAGCCGCUCAGCUUCGAACAUAAGUUCAACUUGGACCGACAGAUGCUGGACCACGAAGAGGAGUGGCCUGAAGAGAAUAGUAUAGUGGACAUAGAGACGGUCUCCGAGCCUCAGUUGAAGAAACUACAGCCGCUACUAUGGUUGGAGUUGACCGCGUUAUUCGACCGAUACUCGCUGCCAUUCCACAAGAGGAAACCGCCCAAGAAGAAGAGGAAAGAAGAAGGCGCCGUGUUCGGUGUGUCUGUAGAGACGUUACUGAGGAAGGACAUGUUGUUGUGGGAAGAAACUUGGAGCUCGGUGCCAGCCGUGAUUCGGGCGCUGGCCGAGGCACUCCGGGCCCGCGCCGCACAGUCCGGCCUGCUGCGGGUACCUGGGAACAAACAUAAGAUCGAGGCUCUCUGUCAGCUGAUCGAGCGCCAGUGGUACGAGGACCGCUCGUCCGUGGAGUCAGCCCUGCACCGCGCCGCGGGUCACGACCUCGCCGCUGUGUUCAAGCGACUGCUGAGGUCAUUGCCCCAGCCGCCGCUCACACAGGAACUCAUGAGACUAUUCUACCAGACAUACACUCUGUCGGGCGCGAGUCAGGGCCGCGCGCUGAACCUGCUGGUGCUGCUGCUGCCGAGCGAGCAGCGCGCCACACUGCGCGAGGUGCUGCGGCUCGUGAGGGAGAUCGCCGCCAUGGCCGACACCAACAAGAUGAACGAACACAACGUGGCCAUGAUCAUAGCGCCCGCACUCUUCCCGCCCAGUCUGCUCAUCAAACAGUCGGACAGCCUGGAGACUCAGCUGUCGACGGCGGCCAACAGCGUCCACGUGACCGAAGCUCUGAUGAGGUGGUGCGACCGACUAUGGUGCGUGCCUCCCUCCCUACUGGCAGCGUCACACCGCAAACCUGGACCCCACAGGAGGAACAAUCACACUUGA